GUUGUUUAUAAAAAUAAUGAUAUUCGUCUGGAGUUAUCUCGUUUGGCAAGGAUUGGUGACACAAAAAUGAAAAUCUACGGGGAGGUGAAAUUCACAUGUGAGAAUGUGGCCACAUUGGACCCAAUCAAUUUUGAAAAUCCUGAGGCCUACAUCAGUCUGCCGAAGUGGAACACCAAGCGAAUGGGGUCUAUCUCUUUUGACUUCCGCACUACAGAGCCCAAUGGCCUUAUUCUUUUCACUCAUGGUAAACCCCAGGAAAGGAAGGAUUCCAGAAGCCAGAAGAACACCAAAGUGGAUUUCUUUGCAGUAGAACUCUUGGAUGGAAAUCUCUACCUUCUUCUUGAUAUGGGCUCUGGAACUGUCAAAGUAAAGGCAACUCAGAGGAAAGCUAAUGAUGGAGAAUGGUAUCAUGUUGAUAUACAGAGAGAUGGUAGAUCAGGUACCAUUUCAGUGAACAGCAGACGAACACCAUUCACUGCAAGUGGAGAGAGUGAAAUCUUGGAUCUGGAAGGAGACAUGUACCUUGGAGGACUGCCGGAAAAUCGGGCUGGCCUUGUCCUUCCUACUGAGCUAUGGACAGCUAUGUUGAACUAUGGUUAUGUGGGCUGUAUCCGAGAUCUCUUCAUUGAUGGGCGGAGCAAGAACAUCCGGCAGCUGGCAGAGCAGCAGAAUGCAGCUGGUGUCAAAUCUUCCUGCAUUCGGGUCAACACCAAACAGUGUGAUAGUUAUCCCUGUAAGAACAAUGCUAUCUGCAAGGAUGGCUGGAACCGCUUCAUCUGUGACUGCACGGGCACUGGCUACUGGGGAAGAACAUGUGAACGGGAGGCCUCCAUCCUAAGUUAUGAUGGCAGCAUGUAUAUGAAAAUUGUUAUGCCUAUGGUCAUGCAUACAGAGGCCGAGGAUGUGUCCUUCCGCUUCAUGUCCCAGCGUGCUUAUGGUCUACUGAUGGCCACAACAUCACGUGAUUCAGCUGAUACGCUACGGCUCGAAUUAGAUGGAGGCCGUGUCAAACUCAUGGUCAAUCUAGACUGUAUCAGGAUAAACUGUAACGCCAGUAAGGGACCUGAGACCCUUUAUGCUGGCCAAAAACUCAACGACAAUGAGUGGCACACAGUCCGAGUGGUACGCAGAGGAAAGAGUCUCAAACUUACAGUUGAUGAUGAUGUUGCUGAAGGUACAAUGGUUGGUGAUCACACUCGCUUGGAGUUCCACAAUAUUGAGACUGGGAUAAUGACAGAGAAGCGUUACAUCUCUGUCAUUCCUUCCAGCUUCAUUGGCCACCUCCAGAGCCUCAUGUUCAAUGGCCUUCUCUACAUUGACUUAUGCAAGAAUGGAGACAUUGACUAUUGCGAAUUGAAAGCCCGCUUUGGGCUCCGUAACAUCAUUGCUGAUCCUGUUACCUUCAAGACCAAGAGCAGCUACCUGAGCUUAGCAACCUUGCAGGCCUACACCUCCAUGCACCUCUUCUUCCAAUUCAAGACGACUUCUGCUGAUGGCUUCAUUCUUUUCAACAGUGGGGAUGGAAAUGAUUUCAUUGCAGUUGAGCUGGUCAAGGGAUACAUACAUUACGUGUUUGACCUUGGGAAUGGACCUAAUGUUAUCAAGGGCAAUAGUGAUCGCCCGUUGAAUGACAACCAGUGGCACAAUGUAGUUAUCACUAGAGACAACAGCAACACCCAUAGCCUAAAGGUGGAUACCAGGGUUGUUACUCAGGUUAUCAAUGGUGCCAAAAAUCUUGACCUUAAGGGCGAUCUGUACAUUGCUGGACUGGCUCAAGGAAUGUAUAGCAACCUCCCGAAGCUGGUGGCCUCCAGAGAUGGAUUCCAGGGCUGCCUAGCAUCAGUGGACUUGAAUGGGCGUCUGCCAGAUCUCAUUAAUGAUGCUCUGCACCGCAGCGGGCAGAUUGAGCGGGGAUGUGAAGUUGAGUUGGCCAAAGCUGACCUGCAAG